UCAUAUAAUACGUACUUUUGAAGUGCGAGCAAAGUAAAUGAGUGUAACAAGUCUCACUGAAAUCCUUGAAGCUUCUGACACCUGGCAGUUAUCUUACAGAGAGAGAGAGAGAGAGAAUAUGAGGAUUCUAUUUUACAACGACAGCAUUGAAUGCCAAGUUCUUUCACUAUAGUACCUUCUGUUCUUCGAAAGUAACUGCCUUUUAUCGCCAUGGUCGGAAACAAGCCUAGGUUGUCUGGUUGCAAAAGAUAAAGUAGGAUCUCUGUACGCAUACGUUAACAUUAUGAGUAGAAAACUUGUCCAGUUCUUUAUUUGGCGCUAACAUCACCGUAGAAACGUGAAGUAGCUCACGGUCAGUCAAUGACGUGGCAUGGUCUGGUAAGGUGUAACAUGACAGCUGAUUGUUCAGUGUCCUGGAAGUUAUCGGCAAAUUCUCCGGGGUAACAGUAGAAACAUUGUGAUCGUGAAGGUGGACUUCGUCCAAACGUUCCAUGCAUGGGGUCUUUAAUGUGUCGCAUGAAUUCAUCGAGAAGCAGCAAGAGGAAAAGGAAGCGAAGGGAUUCUGCGGUUGCGAUAAUUGUUGCCUAUAAUGCGAAAGACAAUGUUGAAUCGUAUCCAGGAGCCAAACAUAAUCCACCUGAGCCUACGCGGAGAGAGAUAGCAGUACCUUUGCUGAAAUGCACAAGUUGUUUGGGAACUUACGGCGAUGUCAAACUGCCGAGAAACCUAUGUUGCGGCCAUUCGUUGUGCACAGGUUGUAUAGAAAAGCACCUUCCAGAUAAGUUGAUUUGCUUAGAAUGUAGUGUGGAACAAAAAGCAGAUAAGAUAACCAGUUUUCCUGUAAAUUAUCAACUAUUGAGGGUUAGUCGAUCUACCAAGACUGAAGAAAUACACAUUCCUAAUGAUAUGUCAUCAUCGUUAGCUGCCAAAAUCCCGCCAUCCAAUCCUCUUCUAGAAGACUGGAAGUGUACCAUCCAUGGAUCUCCGUUGGCAAUGUUCUGUUGUACCUGUAAUGUUUGGAUUUGCGAAGACUGUCUAGUAUUAGACCAUGUUAUUCCUCCACGUGGGGUGUGCAAGAUCACUGGAAUUGCAGAGGCAAUGGAAAGAAUUAAAGUAAAGUACGGAGAAACUGGCAGUGAUAUCCUGAAAGAAAUAGAAGCCGUGAAAGUGCAAUUUGACGUUGACAUAACACUACACGAUUUCUGUCUCAAGCACUGCGUGAAAGCGAGAAGUCACAUACGUCUUAUUAAAGAGGCAGAACCUCUCCUGGAGGGGAAGAGAGCAGAAAAUGAGUUGGAGGUGAAUCAGGUGAAGGAGCGAUUGAAAAAGUUGACUGAUUCAGCAAAUGUUACCACCCCAGAUGUAUUAACUCAUUGUUGCCAGGAUCUGCUUAGCUUCCGGGAGGAUUUAAAGGCAUUUAUUGAAACUGAACAGAAAAGGUUAUUGGCACCCAUGCAACCCAUACUCUCGCAUUGGAGACUGGACCUGAAAAAGCUGGCUGAGGGAAUAAAACCAGUGUACGCAAUAUUUGGAGAGAACCAGGAUUGCAAAUGGGCUGAAAUAGCGGUUAGAGACAAUCGGCUCUUGUUGUACUCGCUGAACGAAGGAACACCGCCAAGUGACGGAAUCACUGUACCGUAUGAAUAUGUAAAGAAACUCAUCCCUUCGUCAGAACCAACAAUCUUCUUGGAAAUAGAGGUGGCGGAGGAGAACUUAACUGGGAGAGUGUGCGUGGGUCUUACUUGGAACUGUCCAUUGGUGAGACAAAUGUUACUAUUGUGCUCUGGUGAAAAGGGGAUAUCUUUGAAGAAUACUCGUUUUUUCAAAUAUGACAAGGAAAAUGGUCGUCUGAGUGGAGGGGAUUAUGAAAACAAUGACGGGACCGGGGGAACGCCCAUCAUCAGUGGAUUAGCUAACGAAACCGAAGAACCUUGCACGACCUACUUCGAUCAGAUGAAAAUUGGCGCCCUCCUCGGAGAGAUGACUUCAACAAAGUUUCACUUUAAUUUUAAAGUGGCAGCAGAAGAGCUCCCAUAUACGAUCGGCUAUGUGAAAGUAGGUCUAAAAUUACUUAAGGCUGUGACUAAACUCGACUUAGUUUCGAAAACUGUGAUAAAGGACUGUGGCGUUUGUAUUCCAAUGAAUCCGCCUCCAGUGGAAACUCCAGAGGAUUCUCCAGAGGAUACUUCAGAGGAUACUCCAGAAGAAGAAUAAGUUAUAUUUUGAUAAUGAAUGCAAAUUGUCUUAAAAUUCUAAGGCAUUUUUUUAAAUGCACAGCUUUCUAAGGAGAAAAUAUCCACCAGAUAUUGAUAAGGUAUCUGGAGUUUUAGUCUCCUUGUCAAGAAGAAUUUGGUUCAACAAAAUGCCCACAAUAAAAACAAAGAAUAGUGUUGAUAGUUCCUGUGUGUUAUUCUGAAAGUGGAAUGAUGGUUCAACUAUACACACCAGCUCAAGUGUCUCAGCAGCAGUCAUUGUGCAGCAACUACGCAUGAUUAAGACAAGGUGGUCCUGAAUAGCAGAAAUUCUGUCUUCAUAUAUAGCUACACUUGUAAGUAAUGGUCGGAGGGGACCAGUAGAAUUUUGAAGAAAAUAUACUGAAAAGGCAAUUACAAAGAGGAGCAAAGUUGAAGGAUUUCUUCAACGCUACUCUCUGUGAAGUGUGAUCUAUUUUAAUACAAAGUAACCUCGGUAAACAAGAGCCCAAGCACAAGUUUCUGAGGAAAGGGGUGGCAUACAGAGAGAUCUGUGCUGUGGGUGAAGAGAGGUGGCAGAGGUGGAAGUGGAGGGGUGUCUGGUAAUGACGGGCAGAAAUUGCAUGCACGCCAAGACCAGUGUUGUU